CUGAGCGAAUGUAGGGGUGAUUCCUUGAUAAUUAUAAAUGUCAUCAGCCCACAUCAUUGUGCCACUUCUUUGUACUCCAGCCUCUAGAUUAACAGCCUAAACAAACAUACAAAAUUUUAUAGAAGCUGUACAAAAUAUAGUAUAUAUGCGCAAUAUUGAAUCGUUCAAGGGGAUAUAAAGGUAAUGUACAUCACAUACACGUGUACUCUCAUGCAACAAAAUACAAUUAGAUUUAAUAGUAUAAGCUCUUUUAUUCAUCAUAAUAGAUUGGAAAUUUAAGUGUCUUACGAGGGUGAGUAAAAAGUUACCCGCUCUGUCGGUGUAGAAUUUAUUUUAAGCAAUUGUCAAAAAAGACAUACAUCAUUUUUUGACAUAAUCACUCGAUUUCUGUAUACACUUUAUCCAUUUGCCGAAGGACCUUCGUAUUUUCUCAUUAAAAAAUGUUUUGGGCUGAGCUGCGAACCACGAAUGCAUCGUCGUCUUCACCUUUUCAUCAGCUUUUUCGGCAUCCAUCUCGCACAAACUUUUUAAAAUCCAAAUCUGUCGUGCACUAUUGCAUAAGCAGAGCCGUGGCUGAUUUGCAAAUGAUUUGCCACAUUAUCCAGUGUCACUCGUCUAUUCCAUAGAGCAUAAGUUCAUGAGCACGUUCAAUGUUGUCAUCGUGGAUGUGGACGGGCGUCCAGCUGUUUUUUCAUAACACUUGUGCGAUCUUCUUUGAACUUUUGUGCCCAUUCAAACACACUUCGUGACAAAACACUUUCUCCAUAAUGUGCAUUAAAUCUUUGAUAAAUAUAGGCAUCAAACAUAACCUCCGACCACAAGAAACGAAUCACAGCAUUCUGCACUGUUUUCCUGCAAAUCACCAUUGCAAAGCGCCAUUACUCGCGCAACGGUCACAAACGAAUUGACGUAACACAAAGAAACCUGCGCAGCAGCACUGAACAGAUAUUGACGUCAUACGAAGAGUGCAGAUGGAUCAAUACGGUCGACAGAAGUUUUAACUAUCUGGAGUGCGGAUAAAUUUUUACUGAGAGUCGUAUAGGAAUCUAUAAUCUAGUACUUUCCAAAAUACGCCGAGAGUAUUCCUGAUGGUGAAACGAGCGUUGCUUCAUCGAACGCAGCUAAAGCAAACAACAUCUAUGUAGUUGGUGGUACGAUGCCUGAAAUAGAGUGCGAUAAAUUGUACAAUACCUGUACUAUUUGGGGUCCCGGUGGAACUUUGAUAGCAAGACACCGAAAGGUACAUCUAUUCGACAUCGACAUUCCUAAUAAGAUUACUUUUCGAGAGAGUGAUUCACUCAGUCCUGGUAACUCCCUAACGACGUUCGAUGUGAAGGGCUGCAAAAUAGGUAUUGGCAUUUGCUAUGAUAUUAGAUUCGAGGAAAUGGCACGCAUUUAUCGGAACAAAGGUUGCCAAAUGCUGAUAUAUCCAGCGGCAUUCAAUAUGACCACUGGACCACUGCACUGGUCAUUACUUCAGCGUUUCAGAGCGAAUGAUAAUCAAUUAUACGUUGCCUGCAUAUCACCGGCUCGUGUUCCUUAAGCAAGUUACGUCGCAUGGGGACAUACACAGUUGACCAAUCCCUGGGGAAAGAUUCUUUACGAUUUGGAAACUCAAGAGAAUAUGGCAGUCACCGAUAUCAAAAAAAAAAAAAAAAAAAAAAAAAAAAAAAAAAAAAAAAAAACUGGCGAACCGUGUGUUACCACAACGAGACACGCGAUGCUAUUUGUCGCUUUAAAUUGUGCCGCAACUCGUUUUUGAGAUCUUUGCCAGGGGCGCGUUAGAACACGCUGAAAAUAUAUUUCUGGCUUUUCUGGGGUUUAACUGAAAUAUGACAAAUAACGUUGUAAAACAUAUGUACUUAUGACUUACAGAGUAAUUGAGUGUACAAAAUAUAUAGUAUACAAAAUAGCCAGCGAUUUAGGGCUUUAAAAGAUCAAAAGGAAAGAAAAGAAAAGAAAAGAAGAAAGAUAAUAUGUUGUGGCAGUCUAAGUCGAUCUAAGAAAAUAGAUAAAGGGAGGGAGGGGCAAAGCUAGUUAAUCUGGAAAGAAUCCAAGCGUCAAUUUCAAGCAUUUACAGAGAAUCAAGCGGGCUGGUUAAAGUCGUGGGUUGAGCAAUUAUCCCGCGUUAGGUUCAAUCAGAUACUUCUGGCUAGUGCAGUACCUACACGGUGGUUGUUGAAAUAGCCGCUUCUCAUCUAUUUUCCGCAGCGCGGACAUCAUCCUUUGAUCCCUUACGACUAACGAAGUUUUCGAAGAUGUGCGGCAGUUUGAGAUUCUACUUGAAAAUGAUCAUGAUUGCGGUCUGUGUGCCGUCUGCUCUUCUUUUUGUCCUUCCGUUAAAGACUGGUGUAUUCUGUGCGGCUAAAGCAGUCACCUAAUGAAUUAUUGAGUACCAGGAAUGUUAGCGGUAAACAGGAUUGCGGCUAUGAAUGAUUCUCUAAUGUCUAUAUUAGAGAUGAAUUUGAUAAUUUAUCCUCAUAAUAUGCAAUCCGCUUUUAAGUGGAAAUCAUAAUUAACAAUUUCUGUUUGAUUAAAUAUGAAGAGCAGAUAAAUCGAUACGCUUAAAUCAAUAUUAGAAUUUCUUAACAUUUUUAUCAAAUAUUUUAGCACUGUAAAAGCGUCGUAGUAGAGAAAUAUUAGGUUGUUCCAAAAGUUUCUUUCGUUUUAUAAGAAAGUAAUAGUUGUACAACAUUUUUCGUUUUAUAUUAUUUUAUUGAAUUACGUGUGAUCCACCUUUUUCCAAUUUAAUGUAAAAUAAUAUAGAAUAACAUAAAACAAAAUAUGUUGUGCAUCUGUCAUUUCUUUAUAAAACGAAAGAAACUUGGGACAACCUAAUAGGAAUUUACUUUUAUUAUCCAUUAUAAAAAUGGAUUGUUAAUCCUCUAGGAGAUACGAACAAUAUAAUUGCAAUUAAUAAGGAAUAAGCUAGCAUAACUUAAACCAGCUUUUGCAGAAAGCUAUUAGCUAAAGAUGUUUAUUAAACAAUGACAACAUGAAUUUUCUUAAGUACCCCAUUUGGUACUUAAUCUACUUCGAGGAGAGUCGUAUUUCGGAAAGUCAUCGGAACAUAUUAUACCUUGUAUGUGAUUAUUUGGAACACAAUGGAAAUCAGUGGACAUCAUGGAGAGAGAAGGCGAAACCAAAUUUGAAAAUUCGACAUCGGUAUAUAGACGUUAGCGAUGUAUUAUUCCGGGAAGCUCGUCUAUCUCCCGAACAUCGGGUUUGCGACAACAUCGAUUUGGAAAUUAUCGUUGCAGAGUAUGAAAAUUAUUACAAGAUGAAAUUUCAAAAAUAUCCCAUAUUGUGUAAGAAAAUAACUGGAAGGGAAAUGACGAGGGAAGUGACAAAUGCAAGCAAAACUGUUUGUAGAAGUAUUGAGACAAAAGCCAAAUCUGUUAGUAAACAAGCGAGAAGUGAGCCUGUGAAAGAGACGAAUCUACAGCAGAAGAUAACUGAUGACAAUACGAAUCAUAUUAAUCUCGCAAUGACAGUGACGUCAAUAUUCCCCAAUGAGAGUGAUGGACGUUCAUCAGAAGAGCUAUUUAACGUCCCAAUGGAACAAUCCAUGCAAUCGAAGAUAUUGAAAUGCAUUGAAAAGUUUUAUUCAGAUAAUCCGGAAUUACGAAAGAUUGCUGAGGACAUCUCAUGCAGAAGACGCCAUUUUAUCUUUGUAUCGUCACAGGAGAUCAUAGUAAACAAAUUAAAUGUACAUUGGGAUGACGUUAUAGGCCUAGAGGAAUGUAAAACCGCUGUUAAGGAGGCCGUUGUGUAUCCCCUUAAGUAUCAUAUCUUUUUUGAUGGCCCGUUUUCCCCCUGGAAAGGUAUUUUGCUGUACGGCCCACCUGGUACAGGGAAAACGAAGUUAGCGAAGGCAGUCGCGACAGAAUGCCAUUGCACCUUUUUUAACAUAACUGCCAGCUCAUUGGUCAGCAAAUGGAGAGGCGAUUCCGAGAAGUAUAUACGUGUAAGUUGCUUUGUCUAUGUUUUAUUUGAACUUGCCUAUAGUCAUUCGCCUACAAUUAUUUUUAUCGACGAGAUUGACUGGAUCGCCACAAAUAAAGGAGACUGUAUAUUGUCUGAACCUGCAAAGAGAUUCAGAUCAGAACUUCUUUCUAGAUUGGAUGGAUUAGUGUCUAAUGAGAAUUCUAAUGUAGUUCUUCUGGCUACAACUAAUUCCCCUUGGGGCAUUGAUGCAGCUUUACUCAGGCGUCUCGAAAAGCAAAUAUACGUAUCAUUACCCAAUGAAGUUGCUCGACUUGGUAUAUUCAAAUUAUACCUUAGCAACCACUUAUUAGAAAAUACAGAUAUUGUAAACCACAUAGUAAAAUGUACUGAAAGAUAUUCUUGUGCAGAUAUAAAAUUGCUUUGUAAGCAAGCGUGGCUACCAGAAAUAAGCCCGAUAUGGAGGAGACUUGAAAAGAAAGAAACACCUGUUACCACUUUGAAAUAUGAAUUAAAAAGUUAUGAAAUAUUAGCAAAAUUGUUACAAAAAAUGUCACCUACAGUUAUGCAAAUAGAUAAAUAUGAUACGUGGAACAAAUAAAUACGCAAUCGUAAGGACAGAUAUUGAAAAAUAUAAAUAAAUGGAUUAUCGUUCGAGAAAUCA